CACCUCUGGACUAUAUAAACACAACACAAGCGCAGCUCUAACCAGCAGUCUGCACUAAGUACUCGGUAAGAGAUCAUCUAAGAUGCAUUUGAAGCUUCUCCUGAUCGUUCAGCUAUUGGCGAUCGCCUGCACCCAGGCCCGGGCUUACGACGACAAUCAGACACUGGACGAUGUGCAGCAGCCAGAGACGACAACGAUUGCACCAGAGCCUGCAGCUGAAGAGAAUGCAAAAGCACUUGCGGCCGAGGGGCUGCAGAAGGUGAAUGAUGGUGAGGCCCUGAUCAACAUGGGAACGGCCUUGCCGGAAACGACAAAUCCUACAACGACCAUAACAACAGCAGCUACCAUUGAGGCUGAAAAGCAAGAAAACUCUUCUCCUCCUCCUCCGUUUCCACAAAGGGAACAAUACUUCCCUCUUCGUCCUCCUUAUAACCCCCUUGCUUAUCCACAGACACAUCCGUACGGGUAUGGAUUUACUUAUAUCCAACCAAAUCUCAGCCCUGAACUGAAGCCCGCCUCAGGGAAGCCCACCGAGACACCUUCCGUCGCAGCUAAUUACCCGGACUAUCCCGGCUACCCGUAUCCAAACUUCCCUAUGCUACGCCCGCCCUUCUCUCCAUAUGGCUCACCCUAUCCACAACCUGGGCGAUUACCUUCUAUCCCAGGCUUCGCAUCUGGCAUCAGCGCCGACAAACCUAAGUCAGACGCUCCAGACGAUUCUGAGAUGGGCAAGGAGGAGAAGACAAAGGUUGAUCCAGAGGCACCCAAGCCCUUCGCCGAACCUCCCAGCUUUGGCUAUCCCCCGGUCUAUGUGGUACGACGACCGCUUCUACCCAGCUAUCCAUUUCCGAGAAACAUCGGAGGUUACGGUUCGCCCUAUGGCUACGGGCGCUAGUUAAAGCUGUUGAUUAAUCGAAUUUAUUGAAUCGUGCUCAGCAAAUUAAAAUACAGCAAUUAAUUAUAGUUACC